GCCGACUCGUGUGUGGCGGUUGGGAGGGGCCGGGCGGCCCGUUGCCCGCGCGGCAUUGUGUUGGCAGGUGUGCGCCUGGCCCAGCGAUUGGCGCGCGGGCGGGCGUGUGCCUGCCCCAUGAGUGAUUGUUUGGGUCUCCCGCCCCCCAGCAGCCUACCCAGCAUCAAGGCGGCCGGGCCUCGGUGUUGCGUGCGAGCGGUGUUCUACUGCGCCGCGCGCCACGGCACGGCUGCCUGCUUGGUGACAGAUGCAUGGAUGGGCGCCGACCGUCUCAUGGGGAAAGUACGCAGGUUGCCCUCCACCUGCAUCUGAGUGAUUGUGUUUCCAUUAUUGAGCCCUGCGCCCCUCCUCUGUUGAUCGGUGUUUCGAUGCAAUGCUGGCAGCCAGUUGCGCCACCGGCGUGCGGG